AUGCUUGUGCAGGCGUUUCCCCUGGAGGCAUACCUACGGAACCUGAACAACAAACUGUCUGACAAUCUGAAUGCCGUUCAGCGCUCUUUGGUCGAGUUGCAAGAGGGAGUGAAGUCGUGCGAAACAUUAUUCACUAAUGUGCGUCAGUUUCUGCGGGAACAGGUACUGCUGGAGCUGCAGGAAAGCAUUGCGGGGGGUGGCGGGGAAAUGCCGGAGGGAUUUUCUACAGAGUUGCUCCUACCUGAAUUUUUGCGCGACCCGCAGACAGUCGCCGCGGAGGGGAGCUGUGCCUCUGUUGGGUCCCUGUCGGGAUACGACGGGGGGAAGGUGGACAGCGAACUAAGGAAGAUGUACAGUUUUAAGAAAAAGCUUGACAUGGAGCGCCUGGAGCGAAUUCGAGGGAGGGAGGAGCGGGAGAAGAAGGCGCGUCAGCAGAGCGAGGAGGCUCGCAAGCGAUUGGAGCAGAUGUGUGAGGGGCUUGAAUUGUCGCAAAAACAGUAUAUGGAAGAGUUGGAGCGGCUUACACUCUGGCUCCGACCAUCCCCCGUUGAGGACGAUGAGGAUGAGGCGGUGAGUAGUGGUGUGGGCUCUGCCGGGCGAAGUGAGGCUGGAAGAGAUAACCGCGAGCUGCAGGAGGUCAUGCGGGGCGCCCCACUCCUCGUCGAGUUCCGACGCCUCAUUCUGCGGGAUGUGAUGGACCGUCUCGGUGAGUUAAAAGACGAGCAGUCCAUGACAAUGGGCAACAUCAUGGCCUCACUGAAGGAAGAAAUGCGAAAGGAGUUGUGCCGAAAUCUUAAUGGCGCAGCUGACGGGAGAGUGGGACCUGAAGGCGGCAGUAGAGGCGAGGCGGUGCGCCGAUUGAAGGGAUUUGACCAAAAUUACGUGCAGCGCGGUGAGGUGGUAGCGACGCUGCAGGAAAAGGCGGAUCGUGCCACGGUGGCGCAGAAGGCCGACGAGGUGUAUGUGCACGACCUGGAGAAGCGACUAUUGGAACGCAUGGAGGAUUUGGAGGAGCGCAUGACGAUCUACGAGGCGGAGCGCACGGAGUUUCGCCG